UGCACCUCUGAAGACCGGCGAUCACAUGCUUGCUCCCCGCUCACACGCCGUCUCUUUCUCUAACUGUUGCAAGCAAAGUAUCGCGUCACCAUCACGAAGUGAUCAGUCGCGUACGCACAGAGCUUUCAAAAGCUCUCUUACAGACCCUUGAUACGGCCAAAAUUUUCAUCUUGCCAGCAAUACAUUUUCCGGCUCCAUUCUCGACGUCUUGUGUUGUUUGUGUUAAAGAACACGCGAAGAAGUUUGUCGGUUCAAGAUCUAACUCGCGCGACACGAGUAGUGUAAUAGCGCGAUCUGCUCAUUAUUCAUUCACCAUCUAAGCAGAAGAAUCAAGCACACUUGAAGACCACUACUUGUAUUCGGAUAUCGCUUGGAUAUCGGCUCAAAGAAUCGGAGUGCGUGAGAAUCCAUUGAGAGAAAUUAUACUUCACGCUGUAAGAGAUGCACUACGAUAUCAACCACGUGGUGACUGUUUCCAUUCUAUCAAACAUAUACCACAGCAAAACAACACGAUCAUACAACGCAUCUGUUCUAUAACAUCAGAAACUCUUCCAAAAUGAUCGUGCAGUCUGUUGUAGUUGUGCAAAUAUAAAUUCAUUGUGUCAUGUAAUCGGAAGUAAAGAUAUUUACAUCGAUAAUAAAGAAGUCGCCUGAGAUUACUGCAAAUUUGCUGCAAGAAACAUUCUUUCAACUUCAAAACUUUGAUUGUACAAUUAUCGUUACAGUGAUAAACAUAGUGUUUCAUCGUGGACGUCGACGCGGUAUGCAGUUGCGCAUUUACUUUUUAGCCUGUCUCCUAUUAAAGGAGCUGGCUCAAGCCGAAGAAGUAGAGGUCGUGGAGGCAAUUCCGGGCGAGGACAAUCGGAACGAGAACUCGGCAUUAAAUCGGCAAGAUAACGAAUUAAAUAAUCCAGAUCAAAUGACGCUAGAUACUAUAACGGACAAAGAUACGGGAGGAAAUCAUUACAAACCAGGGAGUGGUCUUCGAGGUCAUCCUCUACUAUCACCAAGUCGAGGAGCGUUGAGUUUGUCACGUCCGCAUCAUAGCGUCGCGUAUCACGGCCCGCCACCGCCGUUACCGCCAAAAACGUCACCAGAAGCUAUGGACAAAAUAUACAUCACUGACGGUGGCGGCGUCAGCACCGCGAUUGAUGUUGAACCUUGGCCAGCGCCGACACUUGAUAUGCCGAAGAUUGUGUCGCUUGACGUAAAAUGCGAGAAGAGUCUAAUGAAGGUAUAUUUAGGCUUCGACAAGCCGUUCUACGGCAUUGUCUUCAGCAAAGGUCACUACAGCAACGUGAACUGCGUUCAUCUACCGGCUGGAUUAGGUCGUACGUCCGUUAAUUUCGAAAUCAGCAUACACGCGUGCGGCACGGCUGGCAACACGGAAAACGGACUGUACGGCUACGGCGCUGAGUCCGGAUCCGGCACGUAUUUUGAGAACAUUAUUGUGGUGCAGUAUGAUCCCCAAGUGCAAGAAGUUUGGGAUCAGGCGCGCAAGCUACGCUGUACGUGGCAUGAUCUAUAUGAGAAGUCGGUGACCUUUCGCCCGUUUCCUGUAGACAUGCUAGAUGUAGUGCGCGCGGAUUUCGCCGGCGACAAUGUGGGAUGCUGGAUGCAGAUACAGGUCGGUAAGGGACCAUGGGCUUCUGAAGUCUCAGGACUGGUGAAGAUCGGCCAGACGAUGACGAUGGUGCUAGCGAUCAAAGACGAUGACUCCAAGUUUGAUAUGCUCGUGAGAAACUGUAUGGCCCAUGACGGCAAACGCGCGCCGAUACAACUAGUGGAUCAGCGGGGUUGCAUCACGCGGCCUAAAUUAAUGUCCAGAUUCACCAAGAUUAAGAACUUCGGUGCUUCGGCGUCGGUAUUGUCGUACGCGCACUUUCAGGCGUUCAAAUUCCCGGAUUCCAUGGAAGUUCAUUUUCAAUGCACUAUACAGAUCUGCCGAUAUCAGUGUCCGGAUCAGUGUUCGGAAUCGUCGCUCUUAGAGAGUCAGGGUCUUUUGGAAAAUCACCAUCAUCUCCCGAACGGCCAUUCUGACGUCGGAUACAAUCUUCCGCCUCCUCUUCCGCUGCCGUUAGAAGCUUAUUUGCAAGCAGCGGCUGGACGACCUAGAGACGAGAGGAGAAGAAGAUCUCGCGAGAUCGUAAACAAUCCGCAAAAGAAUGUGGGUGUAAAUCGAAUUAUCCGGGUAGUUUCGACAAGCGAUCUGACGUUCUCUAUCGACGAAAGCAGCAACGGCGAGCUGAACGGGCCGACGAUGGUAUUUCCGCAGCGUAAUGAGAACACGACAAACUCGACUAUGAUCUGCAUGACUACUCCGGGAUUCGCGAUUACUCUCAUCGUGCUGCUUACCAUUUUACUCUCCUCGUGCGUAUUGUCGGCUUAUCUCUUUAUGCGUCUCAGACCCUUUUCAGUGAAAGGCAAGAAAUCCAUGGCAUUCUGCAACGCUGAACAGAAUAGCGCGACGAAAAAAUCAAGAACGUGCUUUUAUUCAUAGAAAUUAUUGCGAUUGUUGCAAGUUACUUCAAGUUUAUGAUAAUUACGAUAUUUUUUCGAAUUAAAAGAGAGAGACUCGUCAAUUGCACGAUCUUACUCUCUGAAACCGGUUUCGCGAUUCUUUGCAAUAUUGUUAGAAAUCAGUAGGUCUACAUAAGACAAAUGCAAUCGUACAAGAAGAAAUUUUUAUACAAAGAUGUUUUUUCGGGUUUGAAUCGCGUUAGUGUCAUUUUUAUACCGC